AUUUGUGUGAUGUCCAACGGACGGUUGUUCAAAAUACCAUUCAGCUUCUACUUCCCAAUAGAAAUUGCCCUGUUCUUGGAAUAUGUUCGGUGAGAAGGCCGUGGAAUUAGUGAAGGAAGUCAACAGGAACAAGGAUUCCUUGAGCCCGUACAAUACAGAUCUGAUCGAGCAAGUCAACAAGGAGAUAUGUGGUCUCAUCGAACAGAAUAUGGAGGAUGCCAAUGCAAGUAUAGCAGGAUCUUCGAAUACGGCUGCAUACAUACCGACUGUGAAUGUCAGGCAUCUGUCAGUGCAGAGGAACUUGAGGUGUUUGCUGUCGUACCAUCACAAUCGGGUGAGAUGCUUGAGGAACAUGAGAUGGGAGUUCGGGAGUCUGCUUCCACCAGAGAUCAAAUCGAAUCUGAGCUCUUCGGAGGCUGCAUGGUUCAGCAGCUAUUCGACUUCACUUGCAAAGUAUAUGAGAUCGAUAGGUGAUGACGGUGGUGUUAAUUUGGGUGCUGAUAUGAAACCUCCGAAAUCUUUGUACAUAGAGGUGAGAUGUUUGCUGGAUUAUGGGAAACAUCAGCUGGGCGAUGGAACGGUGAUUCUGCUGAAGAAAAACACUAGGUAUUAUCUGCCGAGGACGGAUUGCGAAGAGCUGAUACGUUUGGAGAUCUUCGAGCAUUUGAUCAAUUGAAAGCUAGUCGCGAAAACGAAACGCUGCAUGUGUAUAUUUUUGUUAUAAUUUUUUUUUGAUUUAUGCAACAACAGAGAAUCGUGUUAAUGUAACAUUUGAAGUAUUUAAUAAGAAAU